AGAACACGUAGAAAAUUAUAAAUAAAUAUUGAACACAUUGGUAAAAAUUUGGCAGACCAGAAGAUAAACUAAAAAGGGGAGCGACAUGAAGACCAUGUCGCGCUUUGGUCUGCGCCGUGGUUUUAAAUUUUCCGAGGAGCAGCAGCAGCUAAAUGGCAACAAUAAUAACAAUAACAACAACAGCACAAGCAGCAGCAGCCCAAUUGGACCAAUAUCAGCAGCAGCACCAGUAGCAGCAGCAGCAGCAACAACAACAUCAACAUCAACAACACCACAAAAGGCGCCGCUGCCGCGUAAAAAACGUAAUCACAGUCUACCAAUAGAGGCUCCGCCGCCAUUUCAGCCGAAGCUAUUGGAUGUGGAGCUGGAGCUGGACAAGCAACAGCAACAAGAGCAGCAGCAGCAAUUGCCGACAUCUUUAGUUUGUAAUGUGCCACUGUCGCGAUUGCCGCGCCUCAUUGAGAAAUUGCAGCUAUUGCAGCAGCAACGUGAGCAGCAGCAACUCGAAAAAAGUGAACAUCCAACAGCAACAGCAACAAGAACAACAACAACAACACCAGCAGCAUCAGCUGCAGCAGCAGCGGCUUUUAUUAAAGUCUUGUGUUUGUACUGUGAUAAAAAAUUUGUGUCGAGCAAGUUGCAGGCAAAGCAUGUUGAUAAAUUCCAUACGGAGCGCAAAGAGCGGCGAUGCAGCAAUCGAUCCACCGCCAGCAACAACAGCAGCAGCAGCAACAGUAAUGGUCAGAAUGGCUUAAGCAACUUUCCAGGUUGCCAGCACUGCAACAAUAAGUCCAAGCAGUCCGGGACGACAGCAACAGUCACAGGAACAAGCACAGGAGCAGCAACAACAGCUGCAGCAACGCCAACAAUUUGUUUGCCUGCCAAGCAGCUGGCGGAUUUAUUUGAGCAUUUAAUUGUAAGCCAUGCGGAUAAAUAUUUUGGCUGUCAGCAAUGUCAUUUGCGUUUCACUGAUGCUCUGCAACUCAGCAACCAUAUGCGACAGUUGCAUGAGCAGCAGCAGCAACAACAACAGCAGCAGCAAAUGCUGCAAGCCAAAAGCAACAACAGUCAAACCUCAAUAAUUGACAAUGAACAGCAGGAGCCUGUGCUGUUUCGCUUGGGACUUGCACAAAAUCGUUUGCCGGGACAGCGUCAACGCAAUCGUAGCGCUCGCUUGCGUUGCAAUAGUCAGCAACAGCAACAGCAACAACAACAACAGCAGCAGCAGCAGCAGCAGCAGCAGCAGCAGCAGGCGCAGCCCGAAACUGUUGCUACCACAAAGCAGCAGCAACGCAGCAGCAAUCGCACUGCUCAGCGUCAGCCAGCGGCAGUGGUAACACCUUCAACAGCAACAACAGCAGCAACAGCCACAGUUGCCGCCAGUAAUACAGCAGCAGUCACAACAAUACCAACAUCAGCGACUGCAGCUGCUGUUGCCACCACAAGCGGCAGCUGCUCCUCGCUAGACGAUACACACUUUCGAAUGCCCAGCCAGUGCAACAAUGUGUUUGAUGACAACUUCUACAAGGAUGUGGUCCUCAAUGUGCGCCACAAUCUGCAGCAUUUUCUCGAUGGUCGUCUGCGCAGCGGCCCAGCACCGCCGCAACCUUUGCGCAGCGACUCGCUGGCGACUGGCAACAGCUUCAAUCAGCUGCUGCUGGGCAGCGUUUAUCCCACGUUGCUGACCGCCGAACAGUUUGGUGGCGAUGGCUGUCAGAGCCUGGACACGCUGCCACUGCCGCUGGUCAAGGUGUCGUCGUCACGACGGCCGCAUAUCAAGCACAGCUGGAAGUGGAAAUGGGAUUAUGUUAAGAAGUUCACCGUUGUCAAUGAGGGCGGGCGUUUGGUUAAGAAACUGAAGCAACCUUUUAUGGGUUUGCGUGAUUUGUCGCGCUUGGAUAUGUGGACGCAGCUGAGCAUGCGACAGCGACAUGAUCUCGAGCAGCAGCAGCAUUCACAUGAGCAGCAAACGCAACAGCAGCAGCAACAGCAGCUGAACAUGUUGCUCGAUCGACGUUUGUUGCCCCACAUUAUAUUGGAGCAGAAUGAGCAGGCCAUAAUCAAAAGCGAGCACGAGGAGCAACACAUGCUGCUGUUCCAGCAGCAGCAGCAGCAGCAGCAACAGUCAUACUAUAGUCACCACCCACACCACCACCACCAGCAGUCAGCGGAUGUGGAAUUGCUGUCGCAAACAUUUGCCGAUGCCGGAUUUUUAACGCUGCUGAAUCUGCAACCGCGUCAGCAACCACAACAUGACCUGCCAGCAAGCAAAACAACAACAACCACAACCACAUUGGUGCUCAGUGGUGAAUGGGCGCGUCCACGGCUCUAUUUGUGCGUCUGCUGCGGUGCCAAAUUUGAGAAGCGCAAGGCGCUCGAGGAGCACAAAACCUUUCGCCAUUCGCAUAUCUAUGCCACGCACUAUGAGCUGGUGGGACGGGAGCUGCUUGCCUGCAAUCUACUGAGACAUUUGUUUAUACCGAAGCGUGCACUUGGUCGCUAUGCUGCGCACCACCAUCAGCACCACCAGCAGCAGCAGCAACAGCAGCAGCAGCUGCAACUGUUGCACAAGCAGGAGCGCACACUUGUCGAAGAUGAAACCAGCUCUUCCAAUUCAUCCACAGAGUCUUCUGGCUUUGGCUUGGGCUUGGUGCGCGGCUCGCCAUGCUCAAGUUCUUCCCUUAAUACGGCUUCCACAGCAACCAGUUCAGCCACAGGCAGCAGCAGCACCAGCACCAGCACAAGCCGUAGCAGCAGCAGCAGCAGCAGCAGCAACAAUCAUUCGCUAGAGGACAACGACAGUCGCGAUAUGAAACAAACUCCGGCUGCGCUCGCUGCUGCAGUCACUUCCAAUGCCACUGCCUGCUCUCCCGCCAGCGUCUGUUUAAGCGCAAACUCCAGCUACAGCAGUAGCCCCAGCUGCAGCAGCGGCAGCAUCAACAGCAGCAGCAGCAGCAACACGCCUUCCAGCUGUACCAAAUGUGGACGCAAAUGCAGCGGCCUAAUGGAUCUCUAUAGGCACAUGCUGGACUGCUCAGGUGACUACGUUUGGUCGCUGGCCAAGAAGCGCAAAUAUCGUUACUAUUGCGGCUCCAAAAAGCGACGCACUGCAGCGACCAACAAGCCCGCCAAACACUUUGCGCAGCUUCUAAGCAAAAAUAAAAAAAAGAAGAAGCAACAGCAACAGCAGCAGCAGCAACUAACAGAAAAUGUUGCCGAGGAGAGCUGCAACUCCAACUCAAACUCAAAUUCCAAUUCGAAUGAGAAUUCCAAUUCCAACAAAACCAAAACACCGCCACGACAACGUCCCAGCGAUGCGGAAUCCAUACGUAAGAUGCUGGAGAAUUUGCCGGCGAAACGCGUCUGCAAGAAGAUCUUCCCCACGGACAACAAGAAGCGUGCCAAGAAGCAGGCGGGCAAGGCGGCCAAGAAGCAAUUGGUGCGCAAUGCCAAGAAGUUGUACAACCAUCAUCAUCAUCAUCAUCAUUCGCAUCACAUGCAUCACCUUCAUCAGCAUCAUCAGCAUGCUCUGCGCAAUACGCGCUCACGCCUGGUGCGUGGCAAGCCGACAGCAGCUGCAGUAACAGUAGCAGCAACACCAGCAGCAGCAGCAGCAUCCACAUCAACCAAAUCAAGCACAAGCACAACGGACGAGCCACAGCAACGCAGUCGCCGCAAGCAACAUCAGCAGCAGCCAACAAAAGUGGCUGCGCCUGCUGCUGCAGCUAUAAAAGCAACGCCAGCAACAACAACAACUUCCACUUUAAACACUGCCAGUCAAGCAGCAAAUGUUGCAAAUGUGUUAGCAACAAGCACAGCAACAGUUGCUGUCACCAAUGUUGUAGUUGCAGUAGCAACAAUUACAACAGCAUUGACAACGACAACAGCUACGACAACAACAACAACAGCAACCUCGCCCAUGCCGCUUGGCAAGCAGCAACUUAUGCCUACGCCGCCAACAACACCAGCGCCAACAGCAGCAGCAACAACACCACCAGCAGUCAAGAAACAACAACAACCACCACAGCAACACUCGCAUGUUGUUAAGCGUAGCAAACGCAUUAGCGACUGCAUUGCCAUGCUAACUGGCAAGUUGGAGGAGAAGCUCAAGACUGAACAACAGCCGGCAGCGGCAGCGGCAGCAGCAGCAGCAGUAGUUACAACACCAACAACAUCAAGAGUAAUCAAAGAGCAAUUGCUGCCAGCAGAGCAACCAUUAGUGCCAUCAGCAGCAACAGCAACUGCAGAGCAAACGCCAAAGACGCCAAAACGCAAAGCUUUGUGUCGACGCAUCAUAAAAACGGGCGCUGAGCCAACAGCAGUAGCAACAACAGCAACAACAACGACAACAGCAACUGUAGCAGCAACCACAAUAGUCGCAGCUACAACAGCAACUGCAACAGUGGCAACUACAACAGCAAACACAACAGCAACUGUAACUUUUGAGCCAACUCAACCUCAAGUUAAGCCAAUGUUGACAGCAACUGUUGCUGCAUACAAGCCUGUUGCUAGUGCCGGCUUAACAAUAUCAGCUCCAGCUGCAGCUGUGCCGGCAACACAUCGGCGUGCCACGCCCACAAAGGCAGCAACCAAGCAAAUGGCAGCGCCAGUUGCUCCUUCCAAAAGCCAGCUGAAAAAAUAUGUGCUAGAGCAACAGCAACUUCAACAGCAGCAACAGCAACAGUUGCCGCUGCCAGCGUUGCCAAUGCCUUUAAAUAUGCCUCUACCAGUGCCAAUGCCCAUGCCAAUGUCAAUGCCCGCUGCUCUUCCACUGCCGCCGAAGCCAACACCAGCACCACCAACGCCAAUAGCGGCAGCAGCAGCAGCAACUACAGGCUCAUUGAUGAUGUCCAAUAUGCCAUUAUAUUUGCCUUUGCCUGUGGUGGCAGCCGACUAUAUGCUGGAUCCACCGCAACCAUUAAAUCUCAGCCAUGUCAAGCCAGGCAUGCCAACAAUUGCUGAUGUGCAGCAGCUGCAACAGCAACACCAACACCAGCUGGAGCAAGAGCGCAUUGCUGCCUUGCCCGCGCGUCGUCAAACAAUCGGUAGCUUUGAGGCACGUAAUUUGUACGAGUUGGAUGAAAUGCAACCACUGGACUUGUCCAAGAAGACGCAGCAGCAGCAACAGCAUAUGCAGCAACCGCCUGCGCCACCGCCUCCACCACCACCACUACCACUGCCACUAUUGCCAGCACCUGUGGCGACGCUUGGUCUCAACAGCUGCCAGGAGUUGCCGCUGCCUCUGUUGCGCAACAGCAACAGCAGCAACAGUUGUAGCAGCAGCAGCAGCAGCAUCAAUGAAGCAGCAGCGCUGGCUCAUUAUUAUUCCAAUUUGGAGCUGCUGAAAAUACCGCAAGUGCGCAAUCCUACGAUGCCCAUAAACGUGGCGGUGCCAAUAGUGUCCGGUGCAGCUGCAACAGCUCAGCUGACGCUGUCAGCAGCAGCAACAACAGCAACAGCCACGCCAAAGUCAGCAAAGAAGCGCGCCAGUGAUGUGGCACAUAAGAAGGAUAAGCAGUGUACUCCACGCAUGGAUGCAGUCAUCAAUAAUCAUAUUGAUGAUGCCAUCAACUCGGUUAUCAUGGCGGUACAGGCAAGCCUGCCUAAAGAUGAUGACGAGCAACAGUUGCCGGUGCCAGUGCCAAUGCCAAUGCCAAUGCCAAUGCCAAUGCCAACGCCUGCAGCAGCAGUUUGCGCCAGCGCGGGAGUUUUAUUCUCCACAGCAGCAGCAGCAACUCCAACUGCAACCGUUGCUGCUGCUGUUGCUCCGUCUAUGAGAAACUUGACGCCAAAGAAGCGCAACAUGCGUUCCAAAACCAUCGAUUGCCGCUCAGCGCUGCUGCUGGCCGCUGAGCUGCCAGCAACAAUUGCGCCGCUGUCCUUGGCCACGCCGAUAGCGCCCACGUCCAUGCCUAAGCCAGAGCCAGCGCCCAUGCCAGAGCUGACGCAUAUGCCAGAGCCACAGCCGAUUCCUAUGCCAGAGCCACAGCCACAGCAAGAGCCAGACCCACAGCAGUGCAUUGAGACGCAAAUAAAUGGGGCAGCAGUCAUACCGCUGCCGCCUGCUCAUAUGGACACAACUCCAACAACAGCAAGCACAUCCGAGACAGCAGCAGGAGCAGCUAGAAAGCGCCGACGCAAAGCAAGAGCAGCAGCAGAAGCCACAGCAGCUGAAGAAGCAGCAGCAGCCAACAACAGUAUGUGCCAUAAGUCUGAAAAUUUACUGCCAAUGGCUGCUGCCACGCCCAUGCCGGUUCGCACUGGCACGCCUCUUGAGAGUCCAGAGAGUCCAGAUCCGGAGGAUGCAGCACCAGCGCCUGCUGUGCCCGUUUCUGUCAUUUCUGUGGCGCCUGCGCUGGCGGCGACCUUUAGGCGCAGCAUCACGCCCACUCGUCUGUGUGCUGCCCACAAUUGCUACCAUUUGAUGGAUGAGUACAGCAGCAACAUGCACAACAACAACAACACCUCGUCGGGCUUCCACAGUCUGCCGCAGUCAGACGUACGACUCAUGGUGGAGACUGAGCCCAAUGAAUGCGUCGUUGCUACCACAGACUCGCCAGAAUCGCCAGACGAACUGCAGCAGAAUCAUAUUCUGGAGGAACCAAAGAAAGUUUAUGUGGAACCACCACAGCAAGAAACGCCAGAGCCUGAGGAGCAAAUAGAGCAACGAACGCCAGAGCCUCCGGAGCAGCCACAACCAGAGGAGGAGCAACAACAGCCUGAGGAGGAGCAGCCGCAGCAGCAGCAGCAGGAGGAGCAACCAGAAGAACCCAAGCCAGAGGACAAGAAGAAGAAGCAGCGACGAAGACGCAAAAAUGAAUUGGCUGCCAUUGUGGCGGAUCAAUUGCUGGAGAGCUUUAAAAUCGAUAAUGCGCGUCGCGACAAUCUCAAGAAGUUGGAGAACUUGGCAUACGAGAAGAGCGAAGAUCUUCUGCUCACGGGCAUGUUGCUGAUGUCGAGCACCAAACGCAGUGCCACCUUGCACAGCCAGCAGCAGCAGCAGCAGCAACAGGCGCAGGCAGCAGCAGCAGCUGCGAGCGAGGCCAAGCGCAAGAAGUCCACGGAGGAGCCGGCAGCCAGCACUGGACGUGGCAGACCCAAGCGCCGGCAGAGCUGUUACUAUAAACGUGGACGUGGCAAGGCGCCAGCGCUAAGUGCGGAGACGAACAUCAGCAUGCUAAAGUCAUCGCUCGAGUCCUUCUCCAUUGGCAUUGAGAAGCAGCUGCAGGCAAAGGAAGCCGCAGCAGCUAAAGAAGCAGCCGCGAGCAAAGCGGCAAGCACACCCAAUCCCAUAUUGCGUCCUAGCAUCUUGUGCAAUGUGGCAAAGGAAAAGGAGAGAGAGCACAGGAGAGAACAGCAACAGCUACAGCAGCAGCAGCAGCAGCAGAAGCAGCAGCAGCAGGAGCAGAAGCAGAAGCAGCGAGAGCAGCAGCAGCUUCUAGAGGAGCAGAACCAGCGGGAGCGGGAGCAGAAACGGGAACAGAAGCAGCGAGUGCGGGAGCAGAAGCAGCAGGAGCUCGAGCACAAGCAGCGGCAGCGGGAGCGUGAGCUGCAGGAGCUGGAGCAGAAGCAGCAACAGCGGGAGCGGGAGUUGCAGGAGCUGGAGCUGCAGGAGCGCGAGUUGCAGGAGCGGGAACUGCGCGAGCUGGAGCGGCAGGAGAGGGAGCUGCAGGAGCUAGAGCUGCAGCAACUGGAGCGUCAGGAGCUGGAGCGGCGAGAGCGGGCGCGCCAGGCGUGGGAACAACAUGAGCUAGAGCAGCGACAGGAGCUGGAACGACAGGAGCGAGAGCUAGAGCAGCACAGCAUCCUGGUGGUCACACAACCCGAGGUAAUCAAAACCGUCUACAAUCGUGAUCCGCGGCUCAACAAGAACAUACACAAGCAGUCCGAGCAGAAGCACCAUCAACGACAACAACAACAGCAACAGCAACAACAACAACAACAGGAACAAUACCAACACCGUUACCAUCAUCAUCAUCAUCACCAACAGCAGCAGCAGCAGCAGCAUCACCACCACCACCAUCACCACCAACAUCAUCAACACCAGCACCACCAACAACAACAACAACACCAGCAACAACAUCAUCAGCAGCAGCAGCAGCACCAGCAGCAGCGGCAGCAACAUGAGCAACUGCGUCAAAGAUCACAUGCCGAGCUGGAGGAGGAGGACAACUAUUUGACAGAAAUUGCCAAGAAUGUAAAUGAGAAAAUCAUGUCGGCCGCCAAUGAGGAGGACUUCGAGUUUGCCAACGAUGAGUUCAAUCGCGAGAAGGCGGCACAGCAGGACGAAUAUUAUCGUCCGCCCACCUCGCUGAGCGUGCGAAGUGCGCCCAAUCUCAAUGAUUCGAACUUUGGCAGCGACGACGACGAUGCCAACACCAAUACGGAGCUGAUGGACAUGGAUCUGGAUGAUGAAAUGAGCGUCUAUACGAGCUACUCGCAGGAUCUUGGACGUGGUCGUCGUCGACGUCGCCGGCGACGCAGCGUGCUGCUGACGCGACGGCCCAAGAAGCGAAAUGCACGCAAGGCGGCGAUGCUGGCGGGUGAGCUGGACAAGUAUGCCUGCGAGCUGUGUGCCAAGAGUUUCUUCACCUCCACAUCGCUGGCCAAGCACAACAUGACCUUGGCGCACGUAUCCAAGCUGUCAGAGCUGGAGUAUCUGCAGUCCAAGAGCCAGGCGGCGCCUAGUCCGCCAAGUCCGCAUAGUCCGCGCAGCCUGCCCAGUUGCCCCCGCUCGCCCAGUCCAGAGCCGCCGGGAGCGGCAUUCGAUGCUCUACCCUUGCAUCAGCAGUAUCCUCUGCGCGCCUCCGUCCUCAUGCCGCCGGCGUAUAUAUCAGCGCCUUCGAUUUAUUCGCCACCACCUCGUCGUGUUGUCAUCACCGAGGAGAGUCUGCGGCUGCACGAUAACUAUGAGGAGGAGCAGCGUCAGCAGCAGGAGCCACCAUCUAGUCCCGCCCACAGCACGGCCCGUCUUAAUCUCAAUCCCGACGAGCGUCUCUUUUACGAAUGCUGCAACAUUCUGAAGAGCGCCGAGACUCCGCGCGUGGCCAGUGCCCCCCCGCCGCCCGCAGCUGCCACCAUGGCCACGCCCACGCCCACGCCAACAGUGAUUGUUAGCGCAGGUUGCCGCAAGUCCUUGGAGCCGUUGCAUCCAGACUUGGCCUCAGCAGCCUCAACAUCAGCAGCAGCAGGCUAUCCAGAAGCAGCAACAGUUGCUCAUCAGCCGGUCAUACAGCAAGUGUAUCGCAAUCCUCCGCGUUCGGCCACGCCCUCGCCCAUACCGACCCAUCAGCAAAGGAUGUCGCCAAACUACUCGGGCAUCUCGCAGUUCUCGGGCACAACGUCGCGCUUCAAGACCAAGGCUGCCAUGAAGGGCUACGAGUCGACCAUGCCCUUGCCCAGUCUGCAGUCUGUGGAUAUGGAAAUGGCCAAGUCAACGCGCGCGAUUUGCAAGCUAACCGAGCUGGCGGAUAUUGCGUUGGGCAGCGAGAAGCCGCCGGGCGUCGAUUACGUGUCUGUGCCCACGCCCACGCCCAGCAGCAGCAGCAACACCAACAACAAUGAGCCAUUGCCAUUACCAGUUGAAGUGCCCGCUGCUGCUGCUGCUGCUGCUGCGGUCGCCAUUGUGGAACAACCACGAUCAGCAGAUCAGCAGAGCUCCACGUCGUCCAAGACCAACAUGCAUGCAGCCUCAAUCAAGGCGGCCGCAGCAGCAGCAACAGUUGCUGCCAGCACUGGCCAAUUGCCGGCUGGGUCAUCGCAUCGCAUUAUUAUACCGGAGCGUCCCUUCAAGGAUAUAGGACUGGAGGAGAAGGCCAGCAUUACCUUUCAGAAGCCCACGACGAGCCUUAAUCUGUUAACCGAUGACAACAACAGCGUGUCCACGGCCAGCUACUCCGAUCGCGAUGACUACGACUUUGGCACUCUCAGCUGCGAGGAUGUGGAGCUGACCAAUGAGGCCCAACAGCAGGCGCAACUUGCGCAGCAGCAGCAGCAGCAGCAGCAACAUGUGGCAAAGCUAGCUGCGACUGCUGCGGCUGCUCCAGCGCUCUCAUCCACCGCCUCCAGCACCAGCAGCAGCGGCAGCAGCUCCGGCUCCGGCUCCUCAUCGCAGCAGAGCAGCAGCUGCAGCAGCAGCAGCGGCAGUCGUGCCACAGCCAAGACCUUUGAGAAUAAAUCCUUGAUCAUGGGUCGCAUCUUUAAGCAUGCCAAGGCGACAGCACAAACAACAGCGCUUGUCAAGACUGCGCCCAAGGACAAAGCGCAGCUGGAUCAACUCUUUGAUGAGCUGCGUGGCGUUGCCAAGCCCCAAGAAGCCGCAUCGUCCACUUCAACAGCAGCAGCAGCAGUAGCUGCUGCUGCGGGCAACAGCAAGCAGCAGCAGCAAGUGAUGGCAGCGCCCAAGUCCAAAGCAGCGGCCAAAAAGCCACCACCAGCUAAAAGAGCAACCAAGGCAAAGCCCAAAGCAGCAGCCGCAAAGCGUAGGAGGCAGCCAAAGCCGCCAGCGCCACGCAAAGAUAUUGCCAAGCUGCAGAGUGAACUGGGCAUGAGCACCGAGGACAUUGAGCAGCUCAUCGAUGAGGGCCAACGCAAGUCCAAGCGCCGCUGCACCACCAAUCGACCCAAGAAACUUGUCGAGACUUGGAGCUCCGAUGAGUAUGAGGAGUUCUUGUCCACCAAGGAUAUCAUAGCGCUCAUCGAGCAAAAAGAGCAGCAGGAGCAGCGACGCAAACGCAAAACCAGCGAAGCAGCUAGCACUCAAACAUCCGAGGCGCCAUCGUCAGUGGUCAGCAAAGCUGCUGCAAAGAUUGCUGUUGUUAAGGAGCCAGCGGCGGCGACACAGCCCAGGGCCAACAGCAAAAGUCGCAAGAAUCGCAGAGCAGUGCAGCAACAGCAGCCGGAGCUAGAGCCAGAGCCACAAGAGUUGCAGCCGCAGGAGCAACACGAGCAGUCACCACCACCGCAACAGCAACAGGCUAAGCAUUCGCGCCAACGUGUUGCCGAUGUCAGCGUUGUGGCCCAGAGCAGCACGUCCAAGACGUCACGUGGCAAGGCCAGCAGGAGCAAGGCAAAGAAAACAGCUGGACCACCAGCAGCAGCCAAAAGAAAGAGCGGCAAACAGCAGAGAAUACAAAUAGAGGUGCAAGCAGAGCUGCAUCCGAUUCCAUUUGCGGAGCUGGAGUCGCCAGAGUCGCCAGAUAUGGAGACAGUUGAGUUGGAGCCAAAGCGUGCGGCUAAUCAGCGCACGCGCAGCACUCGACCACAAAGGCAAAUUCGACCAACGCUAACAGCAGCAGCAACAAUUGCCACAGCAACCGGCGACAUAUCGCCACUGGCAGCAGCAACGAACACAUUGAAUGCUCCCGCAUAUCGUGAAGUCAACGAGAAGCCAAGUAGCAAGCAAAAGUCACGUAGUGCUGGUCUUGGCAGCGCCAGCAGCAGCAGCAAUAUUGCAGGCAGUAACAACAGCAGCAAUUGUCAUAGUCAUAGUAAACACCAGGCAGCAGCAACAGCUGCUGCUGCUGCUCCCAGAGGCAGCGGUAGCAGCAAUGCGACAGCUGCGAGCUACGACAACAGCAAUAGCAAUAAAAAUAUGAACAAUAACAACAACAAUAAUAAUAAUAAUAACAACAACAGCAGCAGCAAUAAGAAUUUAAAAUCGAAACGUAAAUCGCAAGGAAAUCGACAGUCGCCGGCGCGCAGGAAGCGUCCGGCCAGCGAGAAGCAGUUGUACUAUUGGAGCAGCUCUGAAAGUGAUGAUGAAUCCGCCUCCGGACGCGCCGACGGUGAGGGCGAUGGUUCACCAUCUGAAACUGCUGAAACUGAAACUAAUGCUGAUGCUGAUGCCGAUGCUGACGUUGACAACUCAAUUGAUGCCCAAUCACAAGAGCAAAAUGAACAGCAGCAGCCACAUCCACAGCCCUUGCCCGCGCCCAAGCACUUUGAUGACAGCGAGCAGUAUCAGAAGCAUGGCUGGAUUGUCGGUGACUCGCACAAGAAGCUCGUCAAGUUGCUAGCUAUUGCCAAGGGCAGCAAGAAGGUUGACAAUUGCGGCGUUAAGCAACGACGAACGCCCAAGCGCAAGUGCUAGGGGCCAACAGCAACUGUUGGCGAUGUUGCUAUUUGGAAGGCAGCGGCAGCGCGGGCAGCAGUCGCUGUCUUCAUUAUAAAUAUCAUCAGGACUAUCUCUCGUUUUCCAUGCAUGCCAUGCAGUCAGUCAGUCAAUCACUCAUCCACUCACAGGGACAUUUAUCAUCCAUUUUUGCCACUGAAAAGCGAACGCAUCUCAGACGACAAGGCUUAUAAUGCAUACGAGUUAUUAAAGGAGAAACAAAAAAUAUUUUUCUUUCUUUUAAACAUCUAAGCGUUACAUA